CGUCUCCUGGUACCAGAGAGGUCGCAAACGCAGUCAUCGCAACACUCCAUCUUGCCAUUGUCCAACUUGUGAGCUGGACAACUGGCCUACCGCCAUAGUUAGAGCCUCCAGAGGAACCGAUGUCCGCCACCGAUGGUGCGCCGGUUCUUGUAAUACCCCGCCACAUGAUGGAUGUCACGGAACUACCACCAGACAACGGCACCGCCCACAGUGCGGAGCUUCCCAAUUCCCAAGAAUCGGCAACUUCUGCCGCCUCGAGCACUUUCUCUGCGCCAGGGCUACCAUCGUCCUCCAGUAACCUGUCCAACUCGACAGUCGCCGAAACGGAUUUCAAGUCUACCGUGACGUCGUACCCGUCAAGCCAAAACAAAGUGGAAGACGAAGCUCUUCCUCGUCCGCCGGAGCCUGAGGCCCAAGAUGCACAUCUUGCACGCCAUCCGAUCGACGCGGUUGAGCCGCCGCGAACCGGUAACACAACAGCAAGCCCCAUGCCGGUCGACUCCCCGGUGUUCGCUCAGGGGUCCAAGAGAACCGCGAGCGGCAUGUUGAAGGGGCCGGUCCUCACUAUGGAUAGCGUCCCGACCGGCAGAACGAUACAUAAGAGAAACAAAAGUAUGGAGGCAAGGCCCGGCGGCCGGAUCGGAGAGCUGUCCGCACAGCUUAAAACUCGCCUAUCAUAUGCCAUGGUCAAGGUCCAGAAUGGGUGGGAGAAGAAGUCCCUCGACGACCUUGAGGAUGAGACGUCCCAGCUUGGCUCGCCUGUGUCUGGCCCCAGUCGGAGUGAAGGUUUUGGGUCCACGCUGGAUUCUCCGAGAGACGUGACAAGGCGCCGGAGACCGAGCGCGCUUUCAGAGAUAUCCGACCAAGUCAUGCUCUCACCAGGACUGCCAAGUCCUUCAGGAGUGUCAAGGUCGUCGGCCGCGACCCCAUCGGCAUAUUGGCAGCCACAACAAUCUCUUUCCCAUGCGCCUCCUGCCUCCCCGAUGGUGAACACUGACGGGCAUAGCACGGCGCUAGCUCCAGCAGUGGAAAUAGCACCUCGCAGAAAACGCCGCUCGAGUGCUUCGUUCCAUCCCCCAUCCUUACUUGGUCCAAACCAGAAGAAGCAUUACAGCGACCUGGGACCUGCCCCUUCCCGGACGGUAAACGCUCCCCAACGACCAGGGAUAUUGCGCAUGCCGAGUCAACAGGCCGAGAAAGAUGCCGUUGACACACUCCUAUUCCUGAGCAGUCCCAAUAACGCCGGUCGCCUGGCGCAUACUAGCAGCGGCACCAAUGAGACUCCGAAACGAGAGCUCCCUGCACGUCGCGUCAUGUUUGAGAAUCAUAUCAUGAACGAUCAUGGCACCGGCCAUCUUCCGAUGUCACAACCGAACGGUCUCCCAAUGUCCCAACCAAACGGGCGAUCCGCUUUCUACCACCAGGAAGGUGCUCGUUCAUAAUACCCUCUGGCAGUGUCUAUCGCUUGCAUGACUAAGCGUGAAUAUCCUUAACAGAAGAACGAUUGCAUUGCACGGUUGGCGUUGUGAUACCCAUAACUCUAUUGCUUUGCAGCAUGGAAUGCAUGUGGUUGGCAUGAUUAGAGCUUCAACAAGCCUAUGUUUUGUGUGGAUUGCCUUGUUGGCUGUUUGAAUUUCAGUGGGAGCUGGUCAUCAUAUCUGUUGGCUCGAUGGUCUGCUGUAGACCUAACGACUUACGAUUAUCAAGACAUUGCCUCAUUUAUCUCAUUUUGAAGCCUGGAUUGCGGAGCUGACAGUAUUCACAACCUAGGAAUUUCUUAGCCCGUCAUGGCAAA